GUUCAUUUUACUUCAUUCAGUUGUGGACAGCUCAACGAAAUGUUGCGAGUGUUCGUUGUUUGUUCAUAUUUUUCUUCGUGAAAAUAUGUUAUUAAUUGAGCUGCAAGUCUUCUGGAACUGGUAAAAUAUGAAUGCCUGGAAAGCAAUUGGUAGUAGAAUACCAAUAGUUGCCACUAAAUUCCGGAUCAUCUCGUCGGAGACAAGUAACGGUCAGGAUGCUAUUCCAAAACAGGCAAAGCGAUCGAAUCAAUCACAGACACGUCACGCUAUAUUGGACUUGCGACGAAAAGCCAUACCAGUCGAUCGCCAGCGGCAUGUUCUGUACGAGUUGGUGGAAAAGCUCGAGCGUUCGCCAAAUGAAAAAUCGUUUGCAAUACAGGAAGGAGCAAUCGAGCUGUUCAAGGAACUGCGGCAUUCACCCGAUGCGGCUAUAGCAGAACAUGCCAGGCUUGGAUUGGCACUCAUUGGCUAUGUGCCACCCCUUCCUGGUCAAGGCAUCAGGAUCCUCACUAUUGACGGGGGAGGAAUUCGAGGUAUUAUUGUGAUGGAAUUGCUCAGGAAGAUCGAGAAGAUGACCAACAAAAAGAUAUUCGAUUUGUUUGAUAUGGUGUGUGGUGUGUCGACAGGAGCUAUUCUAGUUUGCGCUUUGGCUUCUGAAAAAAAUCUUACCCUGAAUGAAAGUAUCAGCUUGUAUAAAAAAAUUAGCCAUAAAAUGUUCCAUCGACCUUCUACGUUGGACAAACUCACUGGAGCGUCGCGUCUAGUCGCAUCUCAUGCUUAUUAUGAUGUAGAACUGUGGGAAGCAUUUCUGAAGAAACACAUAGGCUUUCGAAGAAUAAUCGAUACAUCGAAACUGACCCAUGUUCCAAAGUUUUGCUGCGUAUCAACUACAAUUUGUGAUGAGUACAUAGACGCGCAUGUGUUCCGCAACUACACAUUCCCGUUGAACAUGCACUCAGUGUUCUCGGGAAGUCACACUGCGCGUCUCUGGGAAGUGGUUAGGGCUUCAUCAGCGGCACCAGCAUAUUUUGGAGAUUUUCAACUCAAUGGUCAGUUGCAUCUUGAUGGCGGUAUUCUAUAUAAUAACCCCACAACGGUGGCAAUCCAUGAAGCAAAAUGUUUAUGGCCAGAUGAAGACAUCCAGUGUAUAGUUUCGUUCGGCACUGGAAGAACACAAAAUCCACCGAGGAUUCGGAAGGACGGACAAAAACUAUUCAGUGAGAAUAUAUUAGAACGUGUUGAGCUCUCUAGUUCAUGGAAAACGAAGUUUCUUCGUAUAUUGGAUUCCGCAACGGAUACCGAAGCCACCCACACCAUACUGAGUGACCUGCUUCCUCCCGGCCGAUACUUUAGGUUUAACCCAUAUCUAACAGAGUUUCUUUCCAUGGUAGAAGUCCGCCCGGAUAAGAUAGCUCAGCUCGAGAAGGACACGGCGGAUUACUUCAUUCGUAACGAGGAUAAAUUCGAAUUGGUCGCAAAUCUCCUAACUCGCAAACGAACGGUCAUCCAAAGGGCGCACGAUGCAAUUCGUGCUGGUUUUAGUUGAUUCACAUGCUAUCAUAGUCAUUAGUGACAACGUAAGUUAUAAUGUUCCAAAGAAGCCGAAUUUUAGCACUAGAGACGAAAGUAUAGAUUAUUUCAAUGACAGUUUACAUUUCUUUAUCACCACAUUAAUUUUGAGAUCUCGUUUCCCGCUGGUUCUGAAGUGCCAGGGAAAGUACUGUUUAUGAUGAGAUUAGGAGAGUUACCGAGUCACGAGGUAUGUAUUUCGUUAGUGUAGAAUAAACAAUGCGUUUGUAAACGAUCAGCCGA